CGUGUCUGAACAUCCAAUCAGUUGACUUAAUCUUCUAUAAAUGUACACGCCACCAACUCUAUCCAAGGUCCAACCAAACUUUGCUGAUCAUAUCUCCGGCAGCCAUGGCAUCCAAUGACACCGCAACUCCUCCACAUGCCGCCGCUAGUAUGGAGGUGCCGCUGAAAAUAGGGUCGGCACCACCACCAAAGUAUACYGGUGGAGGUGGUGGUUUCAAGAAGCAUGCGUUGCUUGAUGUGUUGUUGAGGGUGUUGCUGUUUGCAACGGCCUUGGUUGGGAUCAUUGUUAUGGUCACCUCUAAACAAACCAAACAAAUUCCGAUUGCACCGGGGAUCACCGUAACCAGGGAUGCAAAGUUCAAUCACUCCCCAGCUUACAUAUACUUCGUAGCAGCACUCUCGGUGGCUAGUUUGUACAGCAUCAUAACUGGUUUGGUAUCAGUUCUGUCACUCAUGAAGCCAGGAGGGAUCUCCACGAAGCUACAGAUUCAUUUCGUUAUGCUAGAUGCACUGCUGUUGGGCAUAGUGGCUGCUGCAACGGGAGCAGCAGGAGGAGUAGCUUACAUUGGACUCAAAGGAAACUCUCAUAGCAGAUGGAACAAGAUCUGCCAUACUUAUGGUUCCUUCUGUUUCCACUUUGCAGCCUCUAUUCUUCUCUCACUUGUAUCCUCAAUAACACUUCUACUGCUUGUAUGGCUCUCGCUUUACGUGCUUUCCAAGAAGAUCGCCAGGCGAUAGUUCAAUUGAUUGUUACCAGAAUAGUUCGGAUGGACGAGUUAACUUCAAGCUAUUAUUUGCUUGUCGAUGCAAAAUUUAUUUAUAUACAUGUACAUGUUUAAUUUUAGUACUUUGUACCAGUUCUGUGUUUGUGACCACUAGUAAAGAUUACAUUACUA